UGUACUCUAAUUUUCCCCUUGAAAAAUUGGUUUGUUUAGAUUUUUAAGUGCCCUACAGAUGAAAUAUAGAGUAGAUAGAUGCGCAAUGUUGGGAAAAAUCUUACUAUCCUCAAUAAUGUUUAAACCACUGCAUUCGUACAAUAUGAAGUGAUUUCGCUUUCAAUUUAGAAUACAUGAGUUUAACGUAUCGUGCCAUGUUAAGGAGAAAAUAUGCUGCUACAGCACUGCUUUUCAUGCUGCUGCUAGUAAUAGUCACAAAUAUUUAUUUCAUCUAUAUUGUUGUUGAUGAAAAAACGUCAAAAAGCAAUGAACCAGCAAAAGAAACCACCGCAGAGCUGGAUCGUCAGAAAGCGCAAAGUGCUAAGGAACAUCAAAAUCAGAACUUCCAAAACAAAGACGGUCAUAAAAUGACAAGGAAAUAUUACAAACACCAAAACGCGUCCAUAAUUGCUGCUCAACAAAUACUCCUUCUAACACAGAAGCUGCCAUCCCAUUACUUAGAACUCAAUGAACAACACAGGGAAAUUUUGCACAGGAUUUUUUAUGAUCUCACACCUUCUUCCGAACUAAGUUCCUCAGAUGUCAAACAGUUGACAGACCAAUGGGUCACAAACGAAGAAAUUGUUCCCGAGUCCGCACCUCUUCUUGGAUCAGUCCUCAAGUCCAUUUGCAACUCAAAAAUUCUCAAAGCACGGAGUGGCAGAGGCCUUGGAACUCAAUUAAAAAUUUUGCUUACUUUAGAGGGAAACAUGACUGCCAUUUUUAAGCCUCAGUGGUACCCAAGAGAACAAAUAAUAGAAGGGCCAGUGUAUGCUGGAAAAGACAGACACAACGCAGAAAUUGCUGCCUUCCAUUUAGGUUUGAUAUUGGGCUUCCGUAAAAUCCCCCUUGCUGUAGGCAGGAAAAUCAAUCUUCACAGAGAAGUGAUGCCUGUCGCAGACCAUGAAUUACUCGAAACUUUCCAUCAAGAAGGCAAUAAUACUUGCUUUGAUGGUAUUUGUGCUUAUUGCGGACCACACGAUCCAAUUUGCGCCAAACAAGACAUUUUAGAAGGGUCCCUUAUUCUAUGGUUGCCAAAUAAAGUGAAACUGCGGAAAAUCAGACACCCUUGGCAGAGAGUCUACAAAGAUGGGAAAAGAGCCAAGUGGGAGGCUGAUGAAAAAUUCUGUGAUUAUGUCAAGUCACAAGACAUCAGGAAAAUUGGAGGCCUGACAACUUUGCUGGACUUGGUUGACGCAUCAAUUUUUGAUUUUCUCAUCGACAAUGGUGACAGACACCACUUUGAAAUCUUCGAAAAACAGCGCUCGACAAUGAUAGUGAUGCUGGACAAUGGAAAAAGUUUUGGAAACCCUGCCAUUGACCACAUUGACAUCUUAGCGCCUCUCUAUCAAUGUUGCAUAUUGCGGCGGACCACCUAUGAAAGGCUUCUCCUUUACACCGGUGGAACCCUGUCAAUUGCGUUGGAGAAAUCGCUGCAGUGGAGUCACAUUUCGCCUGUGCUGACAGACAAACACUUGCUAGCACUCGACAGAAGACUAAAAAUUGUUCUUGGUGCCAUUUCAUUGUGCUUACAGAAGCGAGAUGAGAACCACUUGCCACCUGUAUUGCUCUAAAUAAUAAUCCAUGCAGGAUGGCAGGAAA